CUACCACCACACCACACUACUGCGCGGACACCUCGUGCUGGCUGCCCCGCACGUCCCUGCAUGACGCCGUGCUCAGCCACCUCCGUCUUCACCUCCUCUCCUCCCGAUCCGCUCGUAGGACGCUGGCACACGCCGGCCUGGACCCGUCUCUCUCGUCAGCCAUCGCAAGAAGUGUGCCUGCGCAAUUGCCGUCAAGAGUAGCACUACGUCGCACGUCGCACGUGGCCACUAUCCACUGCCACCAUGGCGGCCUCGCCCAUGACCGCCGAGCAGCUUCUGAACCACCCCGAGAUCAAGCAUAUAGUAUGGCCUCUGCAGCCGGCCGCAAAGGGCAAGGCGUCUGUUGCGGCUGGACGCGGGGGGCCCUUCAGCAUUGCCUACGAGAUCCACGGGAAGGGAGAUCGUCGCCUCGUGUGGAUCAUGGGCCUAGGGGGCUUGAAACACACUUGGCAACGGCAAACGAAAGACUUCGCCCACACCAAAGGGGAUACGUACACGUCCCUGGUGUUCGACAACAGAGGCGUUGGCGAAUCGGACAAGCCCCUCAUGAGGUACUCGACAUCCGAGAUGGCCAAAGACACAGUGGAGCUUCUGGACCAUGUUGGCUGGACCGAAAAUAGACAAUUACAUGUCAUUGGAGUCAGCAUGGGUGGGAUGAUUGCACAGGAACUCGCCCUCCUGAUACCGGACAGGAUAUGCUCUUUAUCGCUAGUCUCGACAGCGUCCGGCCUCUUCAACACAGUCGGAUAUUUUGAGAACCUCCGCAAUCGAAUCAACAUCCUCAUACCUCGGGCAGUCGAUGUCCAAAUAAACAACGUCAAGAGGAACAUGUUCACAGCGGCAUGGCUUGAUCGACCUGACGACACCGAGUGUGUUGUAGAGCCAUUCCCCACAAAUGGCGACCGUUUUGCAGCUUUCGAAAUAGCCAAACGCAAUAACCCCGCUGCCUUUUCACGUAUCGGAUUCUUAGCACAAGCGAUCGCCGCGGGGUGGCACUAUAAGUCGCCUGCACAGCUGAAGUCAAUAAGCGAGAAGCUUGGGAAGAAGAGGAUCAUGAUUGUCCAUGGGGGCUCGGAUCGCAUGAUAACCUUCCCUCAUGCUAAAGUGCUUCAGCUUGGGCUUGAAGGCUGGGAUUCGUCGGAGGCAGCCAAAGAGACGGAGUCAAAGAUCGAGACGCACUUCCCCAUGGAUCAAGGCCAUGUCAUACCCAUCGAGAUGCGAGCGACCUUCAUGGAGUGGGUGGAAGGUCUCGUUGAAAAGACUGAGAGACUAGAAAAGACAUGAUUGACGUUCUUACUGCUAUUCACAAAGACGUUUCUAAACACGAGCCUGGCGUAUACAAAUCUUUUUAUUCGGAAGGUAACAUCACAUAGGUGGACCAAGUUUAAUGUAUAGGUACAUUCUAGCUCAAAGCAUCGCCCCCCACGCUAGGCAUUAGAUAGUCUAAGGCUCUAAUGAAUAUAAGUAAUAGAACA